CUCUUCUCCUCUGUAGCAACGACGAGAGAGAAAGAUAAAAGGAUCCACCUUUUCUCUUUUAAAUUAUUUUUCAUUUUUUCUUUCUUCCGCUGGUCGUUUAUAGAGAGAGUGAAAUAAUUUUUUUGGGAGGGUCUGUUCGAGAGAGACAUUGGAGAAGGAAAAGAAAAGGAGGAGAAGAAAAAUUACAACACAAAGAGAAAGAAGGGAGCUCUGUUUCAAUGGUUGAAUUAGAAGAAUCUAUUGUAGUCAUUUUUUGAUAAUUAAGCCGUAAAAAAGAGAAAAAAAAGAGGGGGAGAGAGAAGGGAAGCAGAUUGGUUGAUGGGUUUUUCUGGGAUUUGCGGAAUGAAAGCCAAGAUGCGGUCUAUUUCGAUUGGCUAUUGAUUUUGUUGGAGUGGACUUCAUCAAUCUGGGUUCAGCGUAUGCUUGUUGUCGUUCUUCCACUUCGAUUCGAUUGUUUCAUCGUUUGGUUCUGUUUUCCUUAAGGAGGAGGAAGAUUCCAUAGAGAAGAUAUAGAUUGGGGAGAAUAUAGAGAUAGAGAGACAUAUAGCAAAAUGAACGGUGGCGAUGAGGUCGCAGCAGCAACUCCGGCGGGCCCACCACCGCCUCUGGAGUGGAAAUUCUCUCAGGUGUUCGGCGAGCGCACUGCCGGCGAGGAAUUACAAGAAGUUGACAUUAUUUCAGCUAUUGAAUUUGAUAAAACUGGAGAUCAUCUUGCAACUGGGGACCGCGGAGGACGGGUGGUUCUUUUUGAGAGGACAGAUACCAAGGAUCAUGGUGGAUCAAGGAGAGAUUUGGAAAGGAUGGAUUAUCCAAUUACCAGGCAUCCUGAAUUCCGUUACAAGACAGAAUUUCAGAGCCAUGAACCAGAGUUUGACUAUCUCAAGAGUUUGGAAAUAGAGGAAAAAAUCAACAAAAUCAGAUGGUGCCAGACGGCCAAUGGUGCCCUUUUCCUUCUAUCUACAAAUGAUAAAACAAUCAAGUUUUGGAAGGUCCAAGAAAAGAAGGUUAAGAAAAUCUCUGAGAUGAAUGUGGAUCCUUCAAAAGCUGUAGGAAAUGGUAGUGUUGCUAGUUCAAGUAAUUCAAGUGCUCCUAAGCCAUAUCUUGCAAAUGGAGGUUGCACUGACAGGUUGAACAACUCUCCUGGCAACGAUUUUUCCAUCCCAGCUGGAGGCUUCCCAUCGCUGCGUUUGCCAGUGGUUACUAGCGCUGAGACGAGUCUGGUGGCGAGAUGUCGUAGGGUGUAUGCUCAUGCUCAUGAUUAUCACAUUAAUUCCAUUUCAAACAAUAGUGAUGGUGAGACUUUUAUAUCAGCUGAUGAUCUGCGAAUAAAUCUUUGGAACUUGGAAAUUAGCAACCAAAGUUUCAAUAUUGUUGAUGUCAAACCUGCAAAUAUGGAGGAUCUAACUGAGGUGAUAACUUCGGCAGAAUUCCACCCUAAUCAAUGUAAUAUGUUAGCAUAUAGCAGUUCGAAAGGCUCGAUCAGGCUAAUUGAUUUACGACAAUCAGCUCUCUGUGACUCUCAUGCUAAAUUGUUUGAGGAACAAGAGGCUCCUGGCUCUAGGUCAUUUUUCACAGAGAUAAUCGCUUCAAUCUCUGAUAUUAAAUUUGCAAAAGAUGGACGAUAUUUGCUUAGUCGUGAUUACAUGACGCUAAAGGUUUGUGCUCCUUUAUUGUGUGAAAUCGAAAAUGUCUGACUUCAAAUUUUGUGAAUGUGAUUAAAUACAAAUGUCUACGUCUUCAGAUGGUUGCCAUGUAUCUUCUACUGAGGUCAGAUGUGGAACUCUGUCCAGGACAUUAGAAACACCAUUUUCAGUAUUUGAGAAAGGUGGCUAGGAUUAACUCUAUGAGUCCAGGACACAAAUCAUUAUUUGAGAGAGUGCCAAGGUUUCAACUCUUGAAGAUAAACUAAGCGUUUUUCAUAGAUUGUGUUGAAAGCUACUCAAGGGUUAUGCUGUAUAAGACGUUUCUUCUGUAGAUUUAGGUCCUGGGCUUCAGGUUAAUGGUGUUAGCUUUAGGCAUAAAAGUAGCUGCACUUUUUUUCUUAGCUGCAACGGGUUAUGAUAGAAUACGUCUCGCCUACAUGGCAAUGGAUCUGGUGUUUGCUUUUGAUCGCAUCAGUGUUUCAGAUAUUUGUUUGAAACAGUUGUUUCAGUAGCAACUGAACAAAGCUACAGCGUGUCAUGUUGGAAUUAUGAUGUUUGACCUCUCUUUUUUUUUUCUUCCUGAUAUAUACCUUAAAUCUUAGGCUUCUACCUUCGCUGAAUGAUAUUUGAUUUUCAUUUAUUUUGCAUGUCGGUAUAAUAAAAAAUGUCCCGAGUGAGCUGAAGUUGUUUAUACGCCUGCCAAAGAUUGUCGCUUGUUCCAGGUCCUAGUAUAGUUAAGUUAUAAAUUUGUUAGAUACUUGUUUCUGAUUUGCCUCCCAAUGUUUUUGCUCCUAGUUGUGGGAUAUAAACAUGGAUUCAGGCCCAGUUUCAACCUUCCAGGUCCAUGAAUAUUUAAGACCCAAGCUGUGUGAUUUGUACGAGAAUGAUUCCAUCUUUGACAAAUUUGAGUGUUGUUUAAGUGGAGAUGGGUCUCGUGUAGCUACAGGUUCUUAUAGCAAUCUGUUCCGUGUUUUCGGUUGCUCCCCUGGAAGUACUGAGACAACAACUUUGGAAGCCAGCAAAAAUCCAAUGAGGAGACAAGUUCAGACCCCUUCAAGGCCAUCAAGAUCCCUCACCACUUUAACACGUGUCGUGAGACGGGGAGCGGAAAGUCCGGGAGUCGAUGCAAAUGGGAAUUCAUUUGACUCAGCGACAAAGUUGCUGCACCUUGCAUGGCAUCCUACCGAGAACUCAAUCGCCUGUGCAGCGGCAAACAGCUUGUACAUGUACUAUGCAUAAAAGGAGACAACAGUCGCAGCAAGUUGUACGAAUCUGCGUGUGGUUGACUUAUUUUGGGUUGCUGUUGGAGGAGAAUUUCUUUUUCCAUUCCCACCGACCGGUUUUAGGGUGGAGGCUACUACAACAGAUCUUCUACACUCACAGUUUGGAUGAUGAUGAUGAUGCCCCCUUCAAAAUCUGUAGGACUACAAUUGCCUAUGCUAAUUUCUUACUGUAUCGCGAGACGUGAGGUCCUGAGGCAGCUGCUUAUCAACUGGCGGUGUAUCCACGAUGAUGAGGCAACUUGUUUUUCGUACCCUGGUUGGGCAGCUUGCUAAUAGCUACGUUCUCUUUUGCAAUCUUUCCUUUAGCUCUGUGCAAGUUCCCCUCCACAAAGAAUUCUUCUUUCCUUUUUCACCUCUUCUUUUUGCCCCCUUCUCAUCUUCUAAAAGCUAGGAGAUGACGAAGUUAUUGUUGUUCUGAAGAGUAUGUGUUGGGUUGAUGUGAAGUCUCAAGAGCAGAAGAAAAAUGUGAUUGACUGUAGUAGUAAGUAGCUCUUGUCCUACAAAGGUAAAACAGAGUGGGGAGGAAGAACAGGUGGGAAGCCAGAAACUUUAAGAAGGAUUGUCCAGUAUUUGCCACUAGGUGUAAGUUAAAAGAAGUCUGUAGCCUUUCUUUUCUGUUGUUUAUUUUGGGUUACUUGGUGGGAAGGAAAGGAAGGGGGGGAGCUGUUGGAACUUACAGUGCAUUUUUUAAUUGAUUCUUUUGUCAUGUUUUGAGACUUUUUUACUACAGUAGUUUAAAUGAACAGGAAGUUGUAGAUCUUUCUUCCCCCCGUAAAACUGGUUUACUGGUAUUCUGUAUUGGUUUUUUGUUCUUUUCUGGGUCCUGUAGGAUUACAAAGAAAGUUGCGGACAUUUUAUUUGCAUGAAUUGUGCUUAGUAAGAGGGACGUACUGUUUGACAGAUCCUAGCUGCGUUCUUUUCUUAGUCUCUUCAUGUUGUUGGUCGAGACUUGCAAUCGAAUCUAUUUCCAGAGAUGUGCCAAGCCAGGGUUGGAAGAGAGUGCUGUGUGCAGUCAGUAACUCGUCUUAGUGUUGCUUGCAAUGGAUGAAAUGCGACGAGAGCUUGUUCGUUUUUCUUUGG